AUGUCCGCGGCGCCCCCAGCCAUGUCCAACGCGAGACCCCUAGACGAUGUCUCCAACAUCAUCGACCUGGACGCCCUCCACAAGGAGCUCGAGCAGGCGAGGAGCAACGUCGAGAUGUGGAUGGCGCGACGCGAGCUCUCGAUGAAGGAGCAGGUGGCCGUGCACAAGACCAACAUGGCGGUCGCGGAGGAGGAGUACGUGUCCCUCGUCGAGCGCGAGAAGGACCUCGCCACCGCCGCCGAGGAGCUCGCCAGGAGGCAGGAGUACCAGCAAGCGGAGCUCGACGCGCUCCAGGAGGAAGCGGCUCAGGCGAAGGAGCUCGGCGAGGAUCUGCCCCAGCAGCUCCAGGUGCUCCGCGAGCAGGUCACCACCGAGAAGGAUGAACUGGAGCGCGAGUCGACCAAGGUCACGGGCGAUGAGAUGGUCAAAGCGCAGAUGCUGCAGGCGCACCUCUCCGCGGUGGACCUCUAUCGCACCAGGCUCGGCCUUCGGUUCGAGAUUGGCGACGCGGAGGAGCUGCGAUUCUUCUACAGGCACGUGGACCCGGCGGAUCACGAGCGGGAGUUCAUGGUGGCAGUCAGGGUGGUGGACGCCGGCGGGUACGAGCUGAUGGACUGCGAUCCGGACAUGGGCGACGCCGCGCAACGGCUGCUGGCGGAGUGCAACAGGACGGACAACCUCUCGGGAUUCGUCAGGGGCGUGCGGAAGCUCUUCCGAGCGAGCGUCGCCGAGGAGGAGGUGGCGGCGGCGGCGGCGGCGCUCAGGGAGAAGGCGAAGGUCUCGGCGCCGAGCUACGCGCCGGCGGAUGAGCCCGAGCCCGAGCCCGUCGCUCCCCGCACGCCCUUCAACACCAGGCCCGACGAUAUGGUGCCGCUGUGAGUUAGUCUGUGAGUUAGUCGCGGUCGUCUCGUGAAGUGUAAAAAUGGAACACGUCGGUCGC